GUAGUCCACUCUUUCGCCUUGGCAAUCCUCAUUCAAUCAAAUCUCAUACACAGCUUUCCCUUUGCUCUCCGUCUCUUACCAUUCACUCUCCACUUUUCUUUCGCUCUUCUGUCUCAAAAUUCACCAUAAUUUUGCUUUCUUUGUUCUUGAUUUCCAAAAACUUCUUUAGUUCUGUUGGCUUUUAAGGUCCUUAUACCUUUUUCAUCUUUCCCUUGAAUUUCUUUGCACUUUUUCCUCUCCUUUUGUCUGCUUGCGAUUUGUAUUCACUGUUCUUGCUAUUUGCAUCUGUUGUUCACCCCCCAACCCCACCCAAAAAAAAAAAAGAUAGAAAAUGGCCCUGGAUAUCAUUCUUGCUAUUGUUCCGACGAUUGUGGAGUGCACUUUCGUCCCCAUCAAGCGACACCUCAGUUAUGCUUUAAACUCCAGAAGCAAGGUUGAAAAGCUCAAGAAUCAGGUCAAUAACUUGACAAAUCAGAGAGACGGUUUGAAGCAGUCUGUUGAUGAAGCUACGAGGCAAGGAGAUGAGAUCUAUGAUAAUUUUCAAAAUUGGCUGACCAGUGUGGGCAAAGCUAUUGAAGAGGCUGAGGAUCUCGUCACCGGCGAAGAACAAGCAAUGCAAAGGUGUUUCUUGGGAUUGAUUCCCAAUUUGAAGAAGCGUUACCAGCUUAGCAAGAAAGUGGAGAAGAAAGCUCUAACGGUGGAUGCGCUCCGGGAGGCAGGCAGAUUUGAUCGAAUUUCCCAUCGCCUCCCUCUUCGGCAAAUAGUGGCUCCUUCUGUCUAUAAUAACGAAGUCUUGCAUUCAAGAGUCUCUAUCUUGGAGAAAGUUAUGGGUGCGCUGAUGGAUCCUGCUGUUAACAUGAUAGGGGUGUAUGGUAUGGGUGGUGUUGGUAAAAACACUUUAGCUAAAGUUCACAGGAAAGCUAUAGAAGACAAGUUAUUCGAUGUUAUAGUUAUGGUUACUGUGACUGAAACACCAGAGGUUAGAAAAAUUCAAUGGAAGAUUGCUGAUGUGCUGGGCUUGAAAUUAGAGGAGUCUGAAGAUGGAAGAGCAUAUCGAUUGCAUCAACGAUUGAUGAAUGAGAAGAAGAUCCUCGUAAUUUUGGAUGAUAUUUGGGAACAACUCGAACCGGAGAAAGUAGGAAUUCCUUAUGGUAAUGAUCACAAAGGAUGCAAAAUAUUUCUGACCUCCAGAAGAGAAGAUAUAUUGUCUCGAGACAUGGGUACCCAAGAAAGUUUUGAGCUUCGAGUUUUAUCAGAAGCGGAGGCGUGGAGUUUAUUUGUGACAAUGGCUGGUGAUGUUACAAAUCAGGCCUUGUGCUCUAUAGCAACUGAAGUAGCCAAAAAAUGUGCAGGUUUACCUGUUUUGAUUGUUACAGUUGCAAGAGCUUUGAAGAAUAAGGAAUUGCAUGAAUGGAGGUUUGCCUUGCAGGAGCUAUCUAGGGCUGACAAUGAAGGAAUUCAGGCAAAAGUAUAUUCAGCUCUAGAGUUGAGCUACAACCAUCUGGCUAGUGAAGAACUAAAGUCAUUUUUCUUGAUUUGCGCUCAAUUUGCUCAGGGUGAUAUUCAAAUAAGAGAUUUGCUGCUGUACAGUAUGGGUUUGGAUUUGCUUAGAAGCAAAGGUACAGUGGAGGAUGCAAGAUACAGAGUGUAUAAAUUGAUAAGUGACCUCAAAGCUUCUUGCUUGCUACUAGAUGGUGACAGGAAUGGGUUUGUGAAAAUGCAUGACGUUGUUAGAGAUGUUGCUCUUUUUAUGGCAUCUAAAUCUCAAAACCUAUUCACAUUCAGAGAUAUAGUUGAACCGAAGAAAUGGCCAAACAGGGAUCUCAGAAACUGCUCCAGAAUUUCUUUACCUUACUGUGAAAUCCAUGAGCUUCCUGAACGAUUAGAGUACCCAGAAUUAGAGUUACUAGUCGUUGGCACUGAAGAUAUUCAUUCAAAAGACCGCCCUGAUUUGAAAGCUGCAGUGUAUACAAUUGACAAAAAAUCAUUUUGAGAAUUGGCUUUGGGAGGGCAACCUCAAUGCCACCAUACAACAGUUGUAUAUGGAAAUGGAUGGAUUUAAUAGCAUUCAGAACUUGAAACUUUCUAAAUAUCCCCAGCUAAAGGAAAAAUGGCAUACCCAACUUCCUUUGAAGUUCUUAGGCAGUUUAUGGACACUGGUGAUGGACAAUUGUGAGUUGUUCUCAAAAGCCUUAUCCUCGAAUCAACUGCAGUGCUUGAACUAUUUGGAGGUGCUGAUUAUAGAAAAAUGUGUGUCACACUAGAAGAAAAUAUUUGAUUUGGAAGGGAUGAAUGCAGAUGAAGGGCAUGCUGGGUUGAUGCCGCUGUUAGAGAAAUUGCAUUUAAUUGAUCUACCACAGUUGAGGUGUAUAUGGAACAAGGAUCCUAAAGGAAUUGUGGGUUUUAAAUACCUAAAAUGGCUGAAGGUUUAUAAUUGUAGCAGCUUGAGUAAUAUAUUUACUCUUCCCAUGGCUUUGGAGCUUGUAAAACUUAGUUGCAUAGAAAUAAAGAGAUGUAGUCUGUUGGAGCAAAUCAUCAAUAAAGAAGGGGACAAAGAAGAAGAAGGAGCAAGGGAUAAGAUCAUAUUCCCUUCAUUACACUGCAUCAUUCUUGAGUAUUUGCCUAGUUUAAUAAGCUUUUAUUCAGGGAGUGAUGUUUUGAAAUGUACGUCACUAAAAAAAAUUGAAAUAAUUGACCGUCCUAAGAUAGAGACGUUUGUUUCCACACUUUCAAUUAAAAAUAACCCGGGCGUGGUUGUUGGGGGAAACGAAGAGGCUUGCUAGGAAUGUUUUGAUGCUCCUACUGUACCCAUUUUCAGUGGCAAGAUUGCGAUUCAGAGGUUGGAAGAACUAAAGGUGGAAUGGAACGUAUUGAAGGAGAUAUGGCAUGAAAUGUUUCAAGCAGGGUCCCUUCAGAGCUUGAAAGUAAUUGAGCUGGUAGGCUUUCCCGGUGGAUCUGCACUUUUUCCAUUAGAUUUUCUUCAAAGGUUACCCGAUCUAAAGAAGCUUGUUCUGAGUGAUUCUUUAAUAGAAAAAAUAAUCCUAGAUGAACUGAACAUUCAUGAGGCACAAUUGAAAGUACUCAAGUUGUCUAAGUUGCCAAAGCUUAAGUGUACAGCGGAGGAGAACUCCCAAUCUGCCCAAGUUUUUGAAUAUCUGGCAACCUUGGAGGUAUCUGAAUGCUGCAUGUUGAAUAUGUUAGUGCCAUCCUCAUUUUCAUUCCAAAAUCUGACAAAUUUGGAAGUAUCAAAAUGUCAUGGAAUGAUUAAUCUGAUAACUUCCUUAACAGCUAGAAGUUUGGUGCAACUCACUAGAAUGAGUGUAAAUGUUAGCAGGCCUUUGAAGUUCUACAAGAGAUUCACUCAUGGGCGAAAGAGGAGGAUGCAAAGAGACCAAGUCCAAGCCAAUUCAGACAGUUGAGAUUUUUGUUGCCAUGUUCUUAGUGCUGCUGCUAUCAUGUCCUUAGUGCUGCUGCCAAGUUCUUAGUUAUUAAUUUGUGAUGUAAAUAGUGGAUUUUCAGUUAUUGUUUUAAUAUUCAUUCCCUUAGUUGUAGGAGGGUGAUCCUCCGUGUUUGUUUAUGGUUCCUUGUUUUUAGGAGAUGGUUAUCUCUCCAAUUUGUAUUAAUAAAAGAAGUAUAAGAAAAUUCCAAAA